AAAUUACUAUAAAUGUGUAUAGUUAAUAAAAUAUAGUGAAUUAAUGUGUAUUUUAUUGAGAGAAAACAUAAUUUUUAACAAGUAAACGAAAAACAGCAUUGUUUAAUUUCUUCCUUACUUUUUUUUGAUGUUUAUUGGUCAAAGUAGCCGCCGCGCGACAAAGAAAAAACUCGAAAGAAAAGAGACCAACCACACUUUUGUUAAACACAUUUUUCUAGUGAAAAGGAAGCAUUAAUCAGAAGGAAAUAAAUUAACAAUAAAAGAAAUACUUGAAUUAUCGUUUUGAAAAUAUUUAAUGCAAAACUUUGUUGUUUUUCAAUAUUGUGAAAGUUUUUCUUAUAAAGAGAGUGUGUGUGUGUGAUAUAGAAAAUCGUCGUAGCCGUUUCGUAAUGAUGAUGAUCUGCUGAUAUGUUGUGUUUUAAUGAUGGAAGAGCAGCAUACAACAAGAGGGAGUUGUUGAAGAAGCGCCAAAAACAACAAUAUGAACAAAAUUGUUUACAAAAACAUCCACAUACUUAAUUAGAGCGAGCAAUAAUUAUUAUAGAAAAGGAGAGAUAUAAUAAAAGUGCAGUCAGUAGAACAGCAAUUGUAGGCAAAAAAAAAACAAACAAACAAAACAAAAAAGAAAUUCAGCAAAAUAAUUCGCAAAGCAACAACAAAUUAUAAAUAAAAAAAUAAAAUACAUACAUGUAUAAUAAUAUAUAAACAAACAGCAACAAAAAAUUAACAACACACAUACAACCAACCACAUACACUUUGAUAGUACGACGAAGAAAACUGAAAUUGCGAAAUACAAAAAUUUCAUUUUAUUUAAUUUGAAUUGAACUUGAAUUUCAAAUUCAAAACAACAAUUAAAGCCAACUCAAUUCAACAACAACAACAACAAAAUUGCAAAAUCAUCACAUUUGUUUGUUUUAAGAUUGUCGUAAAAUAUUUUCAUUUCUUUUAUAUUUUAUUUUUUUUUUAAUCAUAUUCGUUAAAUUAACUUAAGUUUAAAGUGUUCAAAAGCACACUAAAACAAAAACAACCGAAACAGAACAGAUAAAAAGAAAAAAACAAGUAGAAAUAGAUUUUUACAACUGGACAGCAAAGUGAUAAGAGCGCGAAAUUUUUAAAACACAUCCACACAAACCACAAGAAAAAAAAAACAACUACGUUAAAAGAUAAAGCCGCAAAACGUUCGCAGCAAGUUGUUGAAAAUAAAUUAAAAAUAAAAAACUCAACUAAUCAAUUCAUAAAUCAAGGAGAGAGGAUAGGAAAAAAUUGCAUAGCUAUAGAGAGAAAAAGGGACAAGUAGUAAAUAAAAAACAAAAUUGAGCAUCAUGGAUAAAAAUAUGAUGUUACCGAAACGUUCACGAUUGGAUGUUAAAGGACCAUUUGCCAAUGGCCCCAUGCAGGCCAGACCAUUGGUAGCACUAUUAGAUGGACGUGAUUGUUCAAUUGAAAUGCCCAUAUUAAAAGAUGUUGCAACGGUGGCAUUUUGUGAUGCCCAAAGUACAUCGGAAAUCCAUGAAAAGGUUUUAAAUGAAGCAGUCGGUGCAUUAAUGUGGCAUACAAUUAUUUUAACAAAAGAAGAUUUGGAAAAAUUUAAAGCAUUACGUAUUAUUGUCCGAAUUGGCAGCGGUACGGAUAAUAUAGAUGUUAAGGCAGCUGGUGAACUUGGCAUUGCUGUAUGUAAUGUACCCGGUUAUGGUGUGGAAGAAGUGGCCGACACAACAAUGUGUUUGAUAUUGAAUUUAUACCGAAGAACCUAUUGGCUGGCGAAUAUGGUGCGUGAAGGCAAAAAAUUCACUGGACCUGAACAAGUUCGAGAAGCAGCACAUGGUUGUGCUAGAAUUCGUGGCGAUACAUUAGGUUUAGUUGGUUUGGGACGCAUUGGUAGUGCUGUUGCUUUAAGAGCAAAAGCAUUCGGCUUUAAUGUUAUAUUUUAUGAUCCUUAUCUGCCAGAUGGCAUCGAUAAGUCCCUGGGUCUAACUCGUGUCUAUACUCUGCAAGAUUUACUAUUCCAAUCAGAUUGUGUCUCACUGCAUUGUACACUGAAUGAACACAAUCAUCAUCUAAUUAAUGAAUUCACAAUUAAACAGAUGAGGCCGGGUGCAUUUUUAGUAAAUACGGCACGAGGAGGUUUAGUAGAUGAUGAGACAUUGGCGCUUGCCUUAAAACAAGGUAGAAUAAGAGCUGCAGCACUGGAUGUACACGAAAACGAGCCAUUUAAUGUAUUCCAAGGCGCCCUCAAAGACGCUCCCAACCUAAUAUGUACACCACAUGCCGCCUUCUUUAGUGAUGCAUCUGCUACAGAACUGCGUGAAAUGGCUGCUACAGAAAUACGACGAGCCAUUGUCGGCAACAUACCCGAUGUUUUAAGGAAUUGUGUUAAUAAGGAAUAUUUCAUGCGAACACCAGCAUCAGCUGUGGCGGCCGCAGCCGCUGCGUCGGUUUAUUCAGAAGGAUUAAAUGGAGGAUAUUAUGCAGGCGCAUUGCAACAGGCACACAGUACCACACCCCAUGAUGCCCCACAUAGCGUAGGAGGUGUACCGUUAUCAGUGGUAGGCGGGGCAGCAACGAAUGUCAAUCCAUCGCCAGUACCAACCGUACCACCAGUACAUGUAUUACCACAGGUUGGAUUGCAGCUAGGACUUGUGAGUAGUAAAUCGCCCCAGACGGCGCCAGACCCUAAUAAUCAUCAUCCAUCAACAUCUAAGCCAGAGUCAUCGGAGGUUCAAUAGUUCAAAAGCACCGCCACCACCAAUUUUUCAUAAAUAUUUUUAAACGUUUUUCUUUAAUUCAAAAAUAUUCGGAUGAAGACUAUUUUUCAGAAGUUUAACGUCAAACAACAACCAAGCAUUUCAACAACAACAACUACUCUUGUUACUUUUAACAAUAACCAAUUACACACACAAAUAUACAUACCUUAGCAAUAGUCGUGUCGUCGUCGUAGACUUCUGUUUAAACAUCCAAAACUCAGCUUCCUUCUUAAAAUGCUCUUCAAGAUUUGCAAAUGAAAAAACUGAAUAAUCAAUGAAAUAUUUAACUAAAUUAUAGAAUAUUUGUGUUGAUUUAAUGCUAAAACAAAAUCGUAUUAAUUGUUAAAGUAAAUACAAAAUACAAACAAACAAUGCUUUUAACAAGAGAUCAUUUGAAACAAAAUUAACAUGUAAAAUCAUAUUAUAUUCAUUUUUAAUAUCAGCGAUAGAAGCAGAAAACACCAUUUUAAAAUUGUAUGUAUUUGCAUUGAAAAUAUGUAUUUAAAGUGUUUUCUUUUGCUUUAAGUCUGUUUGAUUUUGAAAUGUUAUGAAAACUGAAAUUAAUGUAAAUAUGUAUAGAAAGUGUACAAUUCUAAUGAAUUUAUAAUCUUGUGGCUAAACAUUGAGACCAAAGUUAACUUUUCCAACUUGUACUUCAGAAGUUUUUGAGAUAUUAUUUCUUAAAGUUUGAAAAAAAACGCUUUAAUGGCCAUAUUUGAGACGUUGCAAUAGCGUGAAUUCGCCUUUGUUUAUAAAACUUGUGUCAUUUCAAAGUCCAAUCUCUCGACAUUAUAAUAAAAUUUAGAUAUUCUUUAUUUUGAUAUAUAUUAUAUUAUCCAAAAGCUUAGAACAACUCUAAAUUGAGAAAAAAUGGAUAAUUUAUAACAAUUUGUCAUAAUUUGUUCUAGUUUGGAUAUAGGUAAGACACGAUAUCUCAAAAACCUAAUGUUUGGUUUUAGCGCAGCUUAAUUCUUUAGAAAUGUAGACCAUGAUCUUUGCGUUUCGAGUUUUGCUAUCAUUUUAAAAUGUUGUAUCUUAAAAAAGAUAUGUUUGUGCUGAGAGUUUAUUCAAAAUUUGUGAACAACAACUAAUAUUUGAAUAAACAAAAUGAAAGAUGAAAAGCAAUUUCAUAUUAAUACUUAAAGUUAAAUGUUAACUAAUUUACUAUUUAUACAUAUGAUGGGCAUUUCUAAUUUUAGUUUCUGUAGCAUUUGAAAAGCAGUGGCAAACUUUAACAACAAAUACGAAAGAGUUUUGUGAAUCAUAAAGAAGAUUUUUCACAGCGCAUUAUUUACAAAAGUAUUCGAGUCAAAAGAAGGAACAUUUUUAAAAUGGAAAUUUCAAAAAAUGAAAAUUGCAUUAAAUAAAAACAAAACAAAAAUAUAUUUAUAAAUAUAAACAAAAUAAUAAAUAUCUAUGUAUGUAUACAUAAUAGUAUAUGUACAUAUGUAUGUACAUGUAGUUUAUCAUACCAUCACUGCAAAAUACCCACACAUCUAACAACACAACCUACUACUACAAUAACUCCCCCCACAACAAGUAAAAAAAAAAUGAAACAAUAAACAUUCAAAACAAUCAGUUAAGCAGCCACAAAUAAACAUUUUAGUCCUUUGUUUUGAAAAAAAGAAACCAUAACAAAAAAUUAUAUGUAAUAAUAUAGCAAAAGAAACAAAAACAAAAAAAACGAAAUAACACGCUUAUUAAUUUAUCUAUAUUAAAUUAUUAAAACAAAAUAUUGCCCAAGAAAAACACGCAUCAAUUUAAAAGUUAAAAAAAAUAACAACAACAUUUAAAUCUAAAUUUACGUUAUUCCUUUACAAAACUUCUUAUAAUUUCAAUAAACUUUUACCAUUUCAAUGUGGCUUUAAUUAUUUUGCUUUCAUACUUCCUGAAUUGAUAUGCUGGAAUUACACCACAACGUCUAACUCGUUGGGUCAUUUGCCAAACACCACUCAUAAAAAUUCCUUACUAUAUAUAUAAAAAAAAACUCUGCUUAAAAAUGGAAAAUAACACAAAACCAAACCUACCAACCAACCAAUCCCAUUUCCCUUCUUCCAUCAAUUUUUCUUUCUUCCUACUUUUUAUUAUUUUUUUUUUUUAAUUUUUUAUUUUAAUUUUUCUUUUAAUUUCUUUGUAAUUUUUAAAUUUUUGUAAAGAAUUAAAUUAAAAAAAAAAAACAAAAACAAAAUCCUUAUUACAUGUUAAAGUAAAGAAACAACAAAAAAUUGAAAAAAAAUUAAUAAAAAACAAAUACAUCUACUGUAUCUAUAAAUAUACGUUAAUUUUAAGUAUAUUAAACUUAUGUCUUAAUUUUUAAUUUUCUUAUAAUUUUUAUUUUUUAAUUUUACGUCGAAAUCAUAAGCUUUUUUGGUAUAUUUCUAUGUUAAAAAAAAAACAAAACAAAAGAAACAAAAUAAGAAAUUUCUAAUUAAAAUAAAAAAAGUUUUAAAUUCAGAUUAUGAUUCUGGUAGUUUUUAAGAUUAUAAACGAUAAUUACAAAUAAAGUAUAUAAAAAGCGAAAAA